CGCUCACAUUGAUCGCCAAGAUUGACAGCACUAACCAUCGCCUUCACUUGUUUCAGAGAGAGAGAGAAAAGAUAAUAUAGAUUAGAAUAAAACCUUAUACCGGUCUUGACACUUUAACUUCUGUACAAAGAUCGGGAACCCCUAUCCAUGGCCCGGGGAAACACCAGUAGACUUUAGUUUAUUUCUGUUUUAUUUUCCAGAAAUCAGUAAUCGUUAUUCUUUAAUUAAAAAUAAAUCAAUUAAUCCCGAAACCGGAUACCUUAAGGACGUUCUUUUCUCAUUGCCAGACUGGCUUCUGUAAGGUCAUUUUCAUGAAUUCAAAAUCAACAAACCUGUGAUCGCUGGGCGCUGGGGCUGAUUUCUUUCUGUAUCUAACCCCAAAUCCUGAAAUGGAGAGCUUUCUUCGUAGCAGCUUUAUACUGAGAAGAAUGUCUUCCAAGCAAGCCACCUCUCCAUUUGCCACUUCUGCCGAUGGAGAGGAAGCCAUGACCCAGGAACGGGUAUCGUGGGACAAGGAGGAGGGUGGUGAUCAGUACCUGGCCUCCACACUGUCUCUGCACAGCAAGCCUCUCACUGAGGAGCUCCCCACUGUCGUCACCAACAUCCAGUCCGACUCUGACUGGGAAAGCAUGGUCUCUGCCCAGCAACGAAUGGAAUCUGACAGCAAUAAAGUAUGUUCCCUCUACUCCUUCGGAAAUAACUCUACCUCACCACACAAGCCAGAGGAAGGGGGACGUGAGCGUGGAGAUCUCUUGACUGGCUCAGCCUUCGGGACACCAGAACGCCGCAAAGGAAGCCUCGCUGACGUGGUGGAUACACUGAAACAGAAAAAGCUGGAGGAGAUGACGAAGACCGAGCAGGAUGAAUCUUGCAUGGAUAAACUCCUUUCUAAAGACUGGAAAGAGAAAAUGGAAAGACUUAACGCAAGUGAACUUCUUGGUGAAAUCAAAGGUACCCCUGAAAGCCUUGCAGAGAAGGAACGGCAACUUUCCACCAUGAUCACCCAGCUGAUAAGUCUGCGGGAGCAGCUCCUGGCUGCCCACGAUGAGCAGAAGAAGCUGGCAGCCUCGCAGAUUGAGAAACAACGGCAGCAAAUGGAGCUUGCCCGGCAACAGCAAGAACAAAUUGCAAGACAACAGCAGCAACUACUGCAGCAGCAGCACAAAAUCAACCUUUUACAGCAACAGAUUCAGGUUCAGGGUCACAUGCCCCCACUGAUGAUCCCCAUUUUUCCACACGACCAGCGGACUCUGGCAGCGGCCCAGCAGGGGUUCCUCUUCCCGCCAGGAAUCACAUACAAACCAGGUGAUAACUAUCCCGUGCAGUUCAUUCCAUCGACAAUGGCAGCUGCUGCCACGUCUGGACUCAGCCCUCUCCAGCUCCAGCAAUUGUAUGCAGCCCAGCUAGCCAGCAUGCAGGUGUCACCUGGCUCCAAGAUGCCUACCCUUCCCCAGCUACCCAAUCCCUUAGGCCCUAUCUCACCUACCAGCCUCAAGAGCGAAAAGAGAGGGACCAGCCCAGUUACUCAAGUUAAGGAAGAGGCAACGCAGCCGCUGAAUCUAUCAGCCAGACCCAAGACGGCUGAGCCUGUCAAGUCCCCUCUGUCCCCAACACACAGCUUCUUCUCAGUGAGCAAAGGCAGUCCCAUUAACCCUCCAGCUAGGAGCGGCAUUCCCAGUCCUAUUGGAGGGGGUCUCGGAAGAGGAUCUUCCCUGGAUAUCCUCUCCAGUCUGAACUCAACGGCACUCUUCGGGGACCAGGACGCUGUGAUGAAAGCCAUCCAGGAGGCUCGCAAAAUGAGAGAGCAAAUCCAGCGGGAGCAGCUGCAGCAGAGCAUGGAGGGGAAGCUGUCCUCCUUCAACAACUUGGGGCUCAGCAACUGCAGGGGUGACAAGGAGAGGGCACAGUUCGAGAACCUUGGUCAUCAGUUGUCGGGGAAACUUGGCGAGGAUAGGAAGAUGGGUCCCAGAGUCAUUGACCUAACGAGGCCUGAGGACGUAGAUGGAAGUAAAGCAGUGAAUGGCUCUGCAGGUAAACUACAACAGUAUUAUUGUUGGCCAACAGGAGGCGCCAGCUCAACUGAGGCACGAGUGUACAGGGAAGCCAGAGGAAGGAACAACAACGAGCCCCACAUCAAACGACCAAUGAACGCAUUCAUGGUUUGGGCAAAAGACGAGCGCAGGAAGAUUCUCCAAGCAUUUCCUGACAUGCACAACUCCAACAUCAGCAAGAUCUUAGGUUCUCGUUGGAAAUCUAUGUCCAACCAGGAAAAGCAGCCCUUUUACGAGGAGCAGGCCCGACUAAGCAAGAUUCACUUAGAAAAAUACCCCAAUUACAAAUACAAGCCCCGACCGAAACGCACUUGCAUCAUUGACGGGAAGAAGCUAAGGAUCGGGGAGUACAAGCAGAUGAUGCGAUCUCGGAGACAGGAGAUGAGGCAGUUCUUCACUGUGGGGCAACAGCCUCAGAUUCCGAUCAGCACAGCUGCAGGUGUUAUGUAUCCAGGAGCUAUCACCAUGGCAACGACCACGCCCUCCCCUCACAUGACAGAUUGCUCCAGCACCUCUGCCAGCCCCGAGCCCGCCAUCCCUAUCAUCCAGAGCACUUACAGCAUGAAGAUGCCAAGUGGAGGCGUGAUGGGAACCGGAGCAGUGAACGGAGAGGAUGAGAUGGAUAUGUAUGACUAUGAGGAUGAGCCCAAAUCAGACUAUAGCAGUGACAAUGAAACCCAUGAGGCUGUCACUGCCAACUGAGGAGUAGCUGCAAAUUAACAGAGGAAAAAGAGUAAGAAAGAAAAAAAGAAAGGAAAAAAACAGAACUUGUUUUUGAACAUAUGUUCUUAAAGAGCCUGCAUGCAUGUGUGGCUCUCACAGAUUCAUCAGCAAAUGGUCUUAAAUGUUUCUUAACGUGUGAAGCAGUUUUGAUUGUUCUUUCUUUUGUCUUUUUUUUUUUUUUUUUGUUCAUUGGCAUUUUACACUUUUAGGUUAUUGCCUAUAAAACUUCAGAUGACAGGACUUGAAAUCUAACAUUUAAUAUGAAUCGAUUGCUCGAUCACAGUCUUACUUUCCUUCUUCUUUUAAAGGCCUACAUUACUGUUUUUGAUGGGGGGGUUAUAUAUAUAUAUAUAUA